AUUGGCCACGCCCACUACCCGUCAUGAACUCCUCUCCCCAGUCACCUUUAUCCCUAUGGAUACUUGCUAAGUUGGUAUACUGAGAAUAACCCCCUGCCUUUUCUGCCAUGUAUCCAUAUUUACCUUGUUGCCCUAAUGUACCAUCCACUACCAACCACAACCUGUCCGCGCCUUUUCUCAGCCAUUCUUGGCUCUCCUGUUGUACUGCAACCUGAGCGAGAGCCGACCCAAAAAGACUCUGCCGAGUUGCGAAGUAGGCAGGCCAUUGUCAUCGCCACACUGGGUAUUCCUGGCCGCUUCUGGGCGUUUCAUCUUUACUCCCCACGCCAAUUUCCUUCUCUGCCUUACCGCCUCUGGACCACUACCCUAAUCCAACCAUUUGCGAUAACAAGGGCAUGGCAUAAGCUCCUCCUUGCCCAUUGCAGCUCGUCGCCUGCUCUCGGCAUAGUAUCCUUGUCGUCCUGCUCCCUUGUCCCAGCACAAGGUUGUUCCUCCCGAUGUGCGUUGGCCAGACCGUCCCAUGCAAGAACUUCUCCUGGCCGUAUAUAUAGAGGCGACCCAGCCUCGCUGCCCGUUGGCCUCUAUGUGCUUUUACCGCCUCUCUCGUUCUCUACCGCACCCACUUUCACUCACUAGGCCAAGUGCCGUUACAUUCCUUUCUUGGUGAUUACAUUAACUUGAAUAUCAUCGUCCAUUCACUUUCAUCCCCUGAACGCUCGCAAGUAGACGAG